UAUAUAUACGAGGGACCUUCUAGCCCAAACCCAUUCCUGCGUAUCUCUCUCUCUCUACGGCUCUCAGACGCUGAGUUUCUCUCUGUUCUUUCUCUCUCUGGAAGUAGAAGCUCCCAAACCCAACCAGAAAACCCUAGCCUAAUCGCCGUGUUUCGUGAUGGCUUCGAAGCGGAUCAACAAGGAGUUGAAGGACCUUCAGAAAGACCCGCCCGCUUCUUGCAGUGCAGGUCCCGUUGCUGAUGAUAUGUUUCACUGGCAAGCAACUAUUAUGGGUCCAGGCGACAGCCCAUUUUCUGGUGGUGUUUUUCUUGUAUCCAUUCAUUUCCCGCCUGAUUACCCUUUCAAGCCACCCAAGGUUGCCUUCCGAACAAAAGUUUACCAUCCGAACAUCAAUAGCAAUGGUAGUAUCUGCCUUGACAUCCUCAAGGAGCAGUGGAGUCCUGCCCUGACCAUUUCCAAGGUCCUCCUCUCCAUUUGCUCCCUUCUGACAGAUCCAAACCCUGACGAUCCUCUGGUGCCUGAGAUUGCGCACAUGUACAAGACUGAUAGACAGAAAUACGAGGCCACUGCUCGAUCGUGGACCCAGAAGUAUGCCAUGGGCUAGGGGAUUCUUCUCCCUGAGAAAUCCAUUAUGCUUGAAUGUUAUCGUAAUAGUAAAUAAAUAGAUGUAAGAGGUGGAACUGGGAUUUUUAAGAUGCUUGUUCUUAUUUCGUCUGCGUAUUGUCUCUUUUGGUAUGGAGGAGGUUUACAUUGUUUUGCCGCCUUCAAGUUGACAAUGUUAUUUUCAAUAGGUGGAAAAUUUCCCUUCGUUAUUUGGAAUUCCUUUUUUCUUGUUUGA